AUCUCUCUCUCUCUCUCGGGGUCUUUGGACCGGCAUUCCUUCUCCUCUCCCCGGAUCCCGGCACCAGCGGGGACGGAGAAGAAGCCAAAUGGCCAAGAGCGGCCGGCUCGGCAAGCUCAAGUGCAUGCUCAAGCGGUGGCACUCCCUCGGCCGCCUCGCCCCCGCUGCUGGGGACGGCGGCGCAGCCACCUCCGCCGCCGUGGAGGGCGGCUCGUGGCAGCCGUCCUCAGUCCACGGCGACCGCGACCCGCUCGGCUUUCACGCCGUCUACGUCGGCAAGUCUCGGCGGCGGUACCUCAUCAGCUCCGACGUCGCUGGCCACCCUCUCUUCCAGGUGCUCGUACAGCGCUCCGGCCGCUCCGACGACGGCAGCGCCGUCACUUUCGUUGGGUGCGAGGUGGUGCUCUUCGAGCACCUUCUCUGGAUGAUCGAGAACGCUGACCCCCAGCCAGAGUCUCUCGACGAGCUCGUCGAGUUCUACGCUUGCUAAAUGCCAGGCAUUACUCCCCGGCGGAGCACCGGAUCUCCUUAGAGGAAGCUAUAUGUAAAAAAAUAUAAUAUUAUAUAUUUUUUGUGCAUUUAUUGGCGAGGCAGUGCUUUAGGCGUGCAAAGAAAUGGUAAGUUGAGGAUUAACCCACUGAUUAUAAAAAUAUGAUCAUUGAGGGGGGUUUUUUCCUUUUCUUGGAGUUAUUAUGUAAUUUGUUAUGGUUGAUGUAUGCCUUUUUUUUAAGAAUAUUAAUUAUUACUUGAGAAUGU